AUUUGGCGUACAGAUGAUUGUCCUGGGAAGCAAAUGCCAGAUGAGCAUAAUGGGAUCCUAAAGGGGUUUGGAGAACCGGCAUCCACCCCCUCUACGGAAUAAAAGAGAUGCGAUCUCUUAUCUGCGUCUGCAGCUUCACUGGGCGGAGAGGAUCGCUUAUCUGGCAGGUUAUCCACUGCCUGGACUGACCCCAGCACCCUCUCAUCAUCUCAGCCACUCUCAGAUAGCGUAAUGAUGCUCUCACAUGGGAAAAGCAGCAAUAGAUAUAUUCCCAUGAUCCUUGACUAGUUGACACAUGUGCUAGACCGCGUGUUUUCUCCCCAAUUACAAUUUAAUUUAUUGCAUCUUGGCGUUGCUUUGUAAAUGCAAUGACGUGCAUGCGCAUUCUAUUAAACAAUUUUUGUACUUAUGAUGUAAAGUGCGUUGCAUUUAUGAGAUGUGUUAAUAAAACAGUCGCCUAAAGCCAACACUCAGAUUAAUUUCAGUGCAUUGACCUUUCCCAUUCUAUACCACUGAGAGAACAAUGGAUACAAAUGGUUUUCAUUUGUUUAGGGGGGAUUGUCUGUGUUGAUUUGAAUUAGCUUCUGGUAUCAAUUAAAAACAUGUUAUCUUAAUUAAGGCUUUCCUGUUUAAAUAAAAAUAAUUUACUGACUUCCGAGUGAGGAAAAGAAAACGCAGUGCCAAGAUGAAAGAAUGGGGACUCUGUAUUAAAGUGAUUAAAUUCGAGCUAAGAGAAUGGCAUAGAGAAAUGAUCCAAACGUUAAGAGGAAUAUUAAAUACAAAUAAAAGAAUGGCAGCCAAAAUCCUCAUUUGUAAAUUGCAGAAUUCAGCCUAAAAAUAAAAUGACAUGGUCAUCCAGGUGAUUUGGUGAAUGGGCUCUUUCUUUAAAAAAUGAUAAGAUGAAUCUUAAUAAAAGAAACAAAUGAAUUAAGUUUAAUGGAUGUCCAUGGGAUUGAUCUCAAAUUACAGGACAGGAAACUGGUAAUACAUUGUCCAUAAUAACAAACGGGCAAGGUUAAAGCGCACAUCUAUUAUAAGUAAUAAUCUGCCUAUUAGAAAUGAAUGUGUAACCGUAUAUCCUCAUUAAGGUUCGCACCGCCCCGUUAUCUGAAUGUCAGCGCUGAUUGGGCCACAGACAGUCAUCUCAUGAAAAACCUGAAGGCGACCCAAAGGAUAAAACAUGCGCCACGCUCAUCACCGUGACAGUGUAUCUAGUCUCCAUCCUCCCUACAGUGAUUUGAACUGAUUGCCCCCGAGAUCAGGAUUUGGGUGGAUCAGUCGAGAAGAUGCCACGGGGAUUUUUAGUGAAAAGGACUAAACGCGUCUCAGCAUCAUCAUACAAGGUGCGCGUUGAAGAAAAAGAGCGCAAGGCGGACUUGCCUAUCCAAACUUCAGAUGGAUCCACGCGGGUCCCAGCUAAAUACUCCGACGUGGCGGAACCUAUCAGAGAAACAUGGACAAGCGAUAUACCAUCUAAAAAUGAGCAGGCACAUCUGGAGGACUCUAUAGUUGCUGGAGAGAGCAGUGCGGGCAGCGAAGAUUACGCAGAAAGUUACUUCAGUCAUCCGGAACAGAGCGCACCAUCUCCCAGUCACAGCACGGACUCCCACAGUCCGAUAAAGCCCGUCAGCACAGAUCUGAAGCAGUCGUUUUUGGACAGGUGUUUCAGUUCACCCGCCACGGCUGAGUCGUUUCCACUGGCCACCCCGGUGUCUUCAAUAGAGCGUCUCCUUAUGAACCACGCCGACAUAAAGUUUGGCUCACCUGUGUCUACUUCAGUGCCCGCCUACCCCUCAUUUCACCAGUGCGUAAAGCGCGCGUUCAUGGAGUCGGAGCGAAAGAGCAAACCACCCAGCAAAAAGCCCAAAGUUAUCAGGAAACUUAACUUUGAAGACGAAGUCACCACGUCACCGGUCCUCGGGCUCAAAAUCAAAAAGGAAAUUCCUGAAACCAAACUGGCGCCGUCAUCCAGUGGAAGAAACAAGCCGUUGGGUGAGUUUAUAUGCCAGCUUUGUAAGGAAGAAUACACUGAUCCGUUUUCGUUGGCGCAGCACAAGUGUUCGAGGAUCGUGCGCGUCGAGUACCGCUGUCCGGAGUGCGAUAAAGUUUUCAGCUGUCCUGCCAACCUCGCCUCGCACCGAAGGUGGCACAAACCUCGCAGCAUAAGCGGUGGAGAUGCCCAGACAGCCAAGAAGUCUCAACUGGAGGUGCGUAACCACGAGAAGACGUCUGUGGAAGGAAAAGAGAACGCCAGUAAGAUCAGCGUCAAUAAUCAGCACCGGCUUGGCACGGACAGCUCCCAACUCCACCGGUCAGCACCGGACAGCAAUAUUGCGCACAGGUAUUCCCAAGACCCCCCCAUGGACCAAAGGUACCCCUCUACUGAGAAGUGCUUUGACCUGCACAUCAGCUCCAGCGACAGCUCCAGGUUAUUCGAGCACUGCCCAGAAGAGUCCGAAAGGUCCAUCACUUCAUACCUACCCUCACCCGGGGGGGAAGACGUGUACGAAUGUCACUACUGCAGCAAGAAGUUUCGAAGACAAGCCUAUCUUAGGAAACACCUGGUUGCGCACGAGACAAUCAAAUCUUCUUAUAAUCACUUAGAAAGCGGACAGAUCACUUUUCCGUGCCACCUUUGCGGUGCGCAUUUCCCUUCGGCUGAGAUCAGGGAGAAACAUAGACUCUGGCAUGCGGUCAGAGACGAUUUAUUAUUGAGACCAGAUCUGAGCCCUGGAGAGCAACAGAUAUACUCAUGCAAGCACUGUCCCUCCACGUUCUUUAGUUCUCCAGGUUUGACCAGACACAUCAAUAAGAGUCACCCUACAGAGAACAGACAGGUGAUGCUGCUGCAGAUGGCUGUCAGGCCGGGAUGCUGACCGCAGUUUAGAAACCUGUAAUGCGUUAUAAUGGCUUGCUUUACGUCUAGUAUCUUUACGUCGGAACUUUUUUGACAACAUAGAAAUCAAUUUAUGUAUAAUUCAACAGCAUAAAUUUCAUUCAUUUACAAACGUUAUAUAAUCCUAAAUAUGUUCAUGUAGGCGAUAUUCAAAUAUGAAAUUGUUACUUCUUCAUAUUUGAUUGACCUCUUUGGAUAUUAUUUAAACGGUGUGGUCUCUUUGUUAAGAAGUUAUUUUAAAAUGUUACCUGCUAUAUUACCGUUUAUUUUGACUCACAAGUUAUGUUAUUGACAUAUGAUAUUAUUAUAGGGGAAGGGAAUUUCUGCUUAUUUUGUCUCCUCGUUGAAGUAGCUCUCAUGAAAAGCUUGUUGUGUUUCAAUUGUCUUAAGCAAUUUAUUUCUAGAUCAUGAAUU